AUCGCAGAGGCCCAGCUCCUCCGGGAGAGGGCACGCCUGCCCCCACUGGCUCUCCCCAUUCUUUCGGGCCUCACACCUUCCCGCUGCCUGCAAGGACAGGGGCUCUCUCUGGGGUUCAGGCCUCCUUCCUUCCUGCAGGUUGUCUGGGCCUUGACCACGUUCCCAGCCAGCCUCCCUCCCUCCCCCUGGGCUUGGAGGUCACCUUCUGCAGGCCGCGUUACCGAGAAGGAAGUCCAACAGUGGUACAAAGGCUUCAUCAAAGACUGCCCCAGCGGGCAGCUGGAUGCAGCAGGCUUCCAGAAGAUCUACAAGCAGUUCUUCCCAUUCGGAGACCCCACCAAGUUCGCCACAUUUGUUUUCAACGUCUUUGAUGAAAACAAGGACGGGCGGAUUGAGUUCUCUGAGUUCAUCCAGGCGCUGUCGGUGACCUCGAGGGGAACCCUGGAUGAGAAGCUGCGGUGGGCCUUCAAGCUCUACGACUUGGACAACGACGGCUACAUCACCAGGAACGAGAUGCUGGACAUCGUGGAUGCCAUUUACCAGAUGGUGGGGAACACUGUGGAGCUCCCCGAAGAGGAGAACACCCCUGAGAAGAGGGUGGACCGGAUCUUCGCCAUGAUGGACAAGAACGCCGACGGGAAGCUGACGCUGCAGGAGUUCCAGGAAGGCUCCAAGGCGGACCCGUCCAUCGUGCAGGCACUGUCCCUCUACGACGGGCUGGUAUAGUCCAAGGCCCGGAGCUAGGAUGCCCAGGUACCACUCACCUCCUCCCGUGCCAUGAGGCCACCUCAGCCCCAACAUCACCCUCCCGUGUCCACCCAGCCUCUCUCCGCAUCCACCCCCAGCCGGGCUGCCCUGGAACCGCGAGGCCCGGCUCGCCUCUGCCCUGCCCCACACCCACCCGCCGCCUGAAGCCACCGGCGCCAAUUGUCAACAACCUCUGCUUGUCUGGAAAACAGCAGCACGGAUGGGAAAAGGCUCCAGCCCUCUGCAGAACCAAGGACUCGGCUGCUUCGCAGGCAGCCCCUCGGUCCCUCCUGCUCUUCUGCGUGUGUGCUUAUUUUUUUUUAUUUCAAACAGACAUUGAAAAGGA